AUGGUCCAAAUGGAUUCUCCUAGGGAGUGCCAUGCAUGUUGCCCACCAUCACCAUCCACCCGCCGCCACAGGAGUCCUGAUCGUCGACGUGCAAUCAUCACAUCGCCAUCCUCACCGGAUUCCAACUCUGCCACCCACUUCCUGAAGGCCAUCGAUCGGAAAGAUCAAAAUCCGAGGGAUCUGGGCGAACAUGGGUUUUUCCUUGGCAUUGAGAUUGUUAAAUAUGAUGAUGGUAUUCUACUCUCUCAAGCUUGUUAUAUGAAUGAUAUUUUGAAACGUGCUGGAAUGGCUGAAUGCAAACAUUUGUCUACUCCUAUUCCUGAUACAAAGUCAGUUACCUUUAAUACAUAUUUGUAUGAUGAUCCUACGCGGUACAGGAGUCUGGCUGGGGCACUGCAAUACCUUACAAUCACACGCUCUGAUGUAUCCUUUGUAGUCAAUCAACUCUGCCAACAAAUGCAUGCUCCUACAGCUUCACAAUGGGAACAACUGAAACGAGUUCUGAGGUAUGUUAAAGGAACUCUUACCUUUGGUCUACGAAUAAGAAACUCAGUGUCUAAAGAGAUACAUGCAUUCUCUGAUUCUGAUUGGGCUGGGUGUCCUUAA